GUUGAACAGUGGUACAUUCCUACUAGGCCAUCUUUCGGCGUAACUGGAACGGUGCAGCUUCCUUUGCUAACCAGAGAGAGCAGCAGAGGUUUCGUCCUCCGGCUAACAGCUACUACCAUGGCGUCAACCGAGAUAGCAAGGCAAGCGGGUGAAGGUGCUCGUGCUGUCCCUCUGGCAGGCCAUGUCGGCUUUGACAGUAUGCCUGACCAGCUGGUCAACAAGUCUGUCAACCACGGAUUCUGCUUUAACAUCCUCUGUGUUGGCGAGACGGGUCUGGGGAAGUCCACCCUCAUGGACACGUUGUUCAACACCAAGUUUGAAGGUGAGCCCACUCAGCACAACCAGCCAGGAGUCACGCUCAAGUCCAACACCUACGAGCUCCAGGAGAGUAACGUGCGCCUCAAACUCACUGUCGUCAACACCGUGGGCUUUGGAGACCAGAUCAAUAAAGAGGACAGCUACAAGUCAAUCGUGGAGUUCAUCGAUGCCCAGUUUGAAGCAUAUCUACAAGAGGAGCUGAAAAUCAAGCGCACGCUACACAGCUACCACGACACCCGCAUCCACGCAUGCCUUUACUUUAUAGCUCCAACAGGACACUCGCUCAAGUCCCUGGACUUGGUGACCAUGAAGAAACUCGAUAGCAAGGUCAACAUUAUCCCAAUCGUUGCCAAGUCGGACGCCAUCUCCAAGAGUGAGCUGGCCAAGUUCAAAAUCAAAAUCACCAGUGAGCUGGUCAGCAACGGAGUCCAGAUCUACCAGUUCCCCACUGAUGACGAGUCAGUGGCAGAGAUAAACUCCACCAUGAACAGCCAUUUGCCUUUUGCUGUGGUGGGGAGCACAGAGGAAGUAAAGAUUGGGAACAAGAUGGUGAAGGCCCGGCAGUACCCCUGGGGAACGGUUCAGGUGGAGAAUGAGAAUCACUGCGAUUUCGUCAAACUGCGUGAAAUGCUCAUCAGAGUUAACAUGGAGGACCUGCGAGAGCAGACUCACACGCGUCAUUAUGAGCUCUACCGCCGAUGCAAACUCGAGGAGAUGGGCUUUAAAGACACAGACCCUGACAGCAAGCCCUUCAGUCUGCAGGAGACGUACGAAGCAAAGAGGAACGAGUUCAUGGGUGAGCUGCAGAAGAAAGAAGAGGAAAUGAGGCAAAUGUUCGUCCAAAGAGUCAAAGAGAAGGAGGCUGAGCUCAAAGAAGCAGAGAAAGAGUUGCACGAGAAGUUCGACCGUCUGAAGAAGCUCCACCAGGAUGAGAAAAAGAAACUGGAGGAGAAGAAGAAGUCCCUGGACGAUGAGCUCAACAUGUUCAAACAGAAAAAGACUGCUGCAGAGCUCUUGCAGAACCAAGCCCAGCAGGCAGGGGGCUCCACCACACUCAAGAGGGACAAAGAGAGGAAAAACUGAUGUGACGCCGUGCCUGUUAGAAAAGGAAGAAGACACUUGCACUGAGAAGCUUAGGAUUCCUGUAGAAAAAGUGCUCCCUUGUGGCCAUCCUGCUGUGAAUGAGUUUCCACCCCAUCAUCCUUUUUACAGUACCCCUUCCCCACCUUCACCUUCACCCAACCCCCAUAAUUCAACCCUCCACAUGCCCCUCCCUGCUCUCUGGAAGACGCUGGGCAUUGCUAUCAGUUUGACAUCACUUUUUUUUUUUUUUUUUUUUGCUGAAUGAUGCUUGUCUGUUAUAUGAUUUGUACAAGCAAUUAUUCGGCUUGUCUUUUUAUACGAAUUUACAAAAUAAUGCAUUCCAUGUUUGUUUUGUAUUCAGUGCUUAAUUGCAUGACGGAGUGAGCUUUUUUGAAUAUUAACAUACAUGACUACUGUUGUGAUGGGCAGAAAUGUGUUGAGGGUAAAGUGAAACACGCAUCAGACGGUGGGACUUGAAGAUGUUUGUGUGGUUUGCAGUAGAUUACAGAGAAAACAGAAUUAAGACAUCUGAGGAUUGGAUUAAGUUAAUGUUGACCCAUCUUCAGAUUAAAGAACAGCAAUCGACUUUGUCUGUUUCAGUGUUACAAACUCUAUUCAGUAGCUGUUUCUGAAAUAUCUACUUACCUUGACAAUGUUAACAACAACGUACUUGUUAGUAAUUAGUCAUUGAGCUUGGGCUCGGGGUAGGGAUAAUUAUAAUCCUUAAGAUUUCAGUCCUGGUUUAUUUUAGCAACACCCGCAGGUGCCAACUUCAAAGAACUAGCGGCAACGAAAGCCGACUGCUGCAUCACCUGUGUCUCGGCCAAAAUAUUCCACAUAAACAUGACGCAAAGACGACGAGCCUGAACGUUCUGCACUUGCGUGAGAGGAAAUAACUCUUUAUACCAGCAGAUGGGGAAAAAGGGAAGGGAAACUGGAAGGCCAUCUCAAUGCUAGUUAGCCAGUUAGCACAUUAACAACACAAUCCAAUGUUGAAAGACUUUAGCUGUUUGUUUACUUUCCUCACUUCCGUUUCUCUUCUCGUGCACUGAGCUGAACUGCCAAUCAGAGUGAUUUCAUUCGCCAACGGACUCUGUUGUCUAUGACGCUGGUUCAACAUGCUGAAUCGGCUAAAACAAAGCCAAGGUGGGCUAAUGAAGGGGCAAUGGUGUGGGACGUACCGCAAAAACUAGGGCAAAAGACGCUCACUGACGGACCAACAACGACUGACGGCCAACUAUCGGCUUGGUGUGUCAGGGCCUUGCUUAGCAGCUGCUUUGUCAGAAAUACAACAGACGAGCAACUGGUGUAUGUUUACAGCCAAGACAAAAGAAACUCACACUGUCAGCCAAACACUUUUUUUAGUAGUGUGAUGAGUAUACACACGGUGCGAGUUACUCAGUUUACCUUAAUUUGUCAAAUGGUGCUAAUAAAUGACAGUGGCCUUCUUUUGUAUACACAUUUUUGAUCAGCGGUCUUUGUUAGCGCUAAUCGUAGUGACGAGUACAUUGCAUUUCCUGUGACUGCAUCACAAUAAAAGCACCAUGUGUUUCGCCAGUUGAAUGCUUUUAUUGUGUAGCAGUAGGAAAAGAAGAAGUACCAGUAAUUUAAUACAGAUUUGGGGUAUUAUUUAUAACUGUUGUGUACACACAAAACAAGGCCUGAAAGAGGCGUACGCCACCUACCACGCAAAGUUGUGAUCUAUAAAAAAAAAAACACCUUGAUGUGUGCACCUGUAUGGAAACUCUGGCGCCUUUUUCCGCUUUUGUCUGCACAUACAAUUUUAGUAGUGUUUUAUAAACGAGA